CAGUGAUGCAAACCCACCUGUGCAGAACUACACCUGGUUUAAAGGAACAUCAUCAGUAGGAAAAGGAGAAACUUACACAAUGAAGAAGAUCAGCUCUGUGGACAGUGGAGAAUACAAGUGCAGAUCCAGUAAUGAACAUGGAGAGAAAUUCUCUGAAGCUCUAACUCUGAAUGUUUUGUAUCCUCCAAAGAGCAUCUCAGUGUCCAUCAGCCCCUCUGGUGAAAUAGUGGAGGGCAGUUCAGUGAAUCUGACCUGCAGCAGUGAUGCAAACCCACCUGUUGAAUAUAACUGGUUUAAAGGAACAUCAAUAGUAGGAAAAGGAGAGACUUACACAAUGAAGAAGAUCAGCUCUGUGGACAGUGGAGAAUACAAGUGCAGAUCCAGUAAUAAACAUGGAGAGAAACUCUCUGAAGCUCUAACUCUGAAUGUUUUGUAUCCUCCAAAGAGCGUCUCAGUGUCCAUCAGUCCCUCUGGUGAAAUAGUGGAGGGCAGUUCAGUGACUCUGACCUGCAGCAGUGAUGCAAACCCACCUGUGGAAUAUAACUGGAUUAAAGGAACAUCAUCAGUAGGAAAAGGAGAAACUUACACAAUGAAGGAGAUCAGCUCUGUGGACAGUGGACAAUACACAUGCAGGUCCAGUAAUGAACAUGGAGAGAAACUCUCUGAAGCUGUAACUCUGAAUGUUUUGUAUCCUCCAAAGAACAUCUCAGUGUCCAUCAGCCCCUCUGGUGAAAUAGUGGAGGGCAGUUCAGUGAAUCUGACCUGCAGCAGUGAUGCAAACCCACCUGUUGAAUAUUACUGGUUUAAAGGAACAUCAAUAGUAGGAAAAGGAGAGACUCACACAAUGAAGAACAUCAGCUCUGUGGACAGUGGAGAAUACAAGUGCAGAUCCAGUAACAAACAUGGAGAGAAACUCUCUGAAGCUCUAACUCUGAAUGUUUUGUAUCCUCCAAAGAACAUCUCAGUGUCCAUCAGCCCCUCUGGUGAAAUAAUGGAGGGCAGUUCACUGAAUCUGACCUGCAGCAGUGAUGGAAACCCACCUGUGCAGAACUACACCUGGUUUAAAGGAGCAUCAUUAGUAGCAGAAGGAGAGACUUACACAAUGAAGAAGAUCAGCUCUGUGGACAGUGGACAAUACAAGUGCAAAUGCAGUAAUGAACAUGGAGAGAAAGUCUCUGAAGCUCUAACUCUGAAUGUUUUGUAUCCUCCAAAGAACAUCUCAGUGUCUGUCAGUCCCUAUGGUGAAAUAAUGGAGGGCAGGUCAGUGACUCUGACCUGCAGCAGUGAUGCAAACCCACCUGUGGAAUAUAACUGGAUUAAAGGAACAUCAUCAGUAGGAAAAGGAGAAACUUACACAAUGAAGAAGAUCAGCUCUGUGGACAGAGGAGAAUACAAGUGCAGAUCCAGUAAUAAACAUGGAGAGAAGCUCUCUGAAGCUCUAACUCUGAAUGUUUUGUAUCCUCCAAAGAACAUCUCAGUGUCCAUCAAUCCCUCUGGUGAAAUAGUGGAGGGCAGGUCAGUCACUCUGACCUGCAGCAGUGAUGCAAACCCACCUGUGGAAUAUAACUGGAUUAAAGGAACAUCAUCAGUAGGAAAAGGAGAGACUUACACAAUGAAGAACAUCAGCUCUGUGGACAGUGGAGAAUACAAGUGCAGGUCCAGUAAUGAACAUGGAGAGAAAUUCUCUGAAGCUCUAACUGUGAAUGUUUUGUAUCCUCCAAAGAGCGUCUCAGUGUCCAUCAGCCCCUCUGGUGAAAUAGUGGAGGGCAGUUCAGUGAAUCUGACCUGCAGCAGUGAUGGAAACCCACCUGUUGAAUAUAACUGGUUUAAAGGAACAUCAAUAGUAGGAAAAGGAGAGACUUACACAAUGAAGAACAUCAGCUCUGUGGACAGUGGACAAUACAAGUGCAGAUCCAGUAAUGAACAUGGAGAGAAACUCUCUGAAGCUCUAAAUCUGAAUGUUUUGUAUCCUCCAAAGAACAUCUCAGUGUCCAUCAGCCCCUCUGGUGAAAUAAUGGAGGGCAGUUCACUUAAUCUGACGUGCAGCAGUGAUGCAAACCCACCUGUGCAGAACUACACCUGGUUUAAAGGAGCAUCAUUAGUAGCAGAAGGAGAGACUUACACAAUGAAGAACAUCAGCUCUGUGGACAGUGGACAAUACAAGUGCAGAUCCAGUAAUGAACAUGGAGAGAAAGUCUCUGAAGCUCUAACUCUGAAUGUUUUGUAUCCUCCAAAGAACAUCUCAGUGUCUGUCAGUCCCUAUGGUGAAAUAAUGGAGGGCAGGUCAGUGACUCUGACCUGCAGCAGUGAUGCAAACCCACCUGUGGAAUAUAACUGGAUUAAAGGAACAUCAUCAGUAGGAAAAGGAGAAACUUACACAAUGAAGAACAUCAGCUCUGUGGACAGAGGAGAAUACAAUUGCAGAUCCAGUAAUAAACAUGGAGAGAAACUCUCUGAAGCUCUAACUCUGAAUGUUUUGUAUCUCCAGGUGGAGGUUCCUGAGAGAGUGAUAGAGGGAGAUGAAGUCACUCUCACAUGUAAAACCACCUGCAGUCUGACAGUCACACCAACAUUCACCUGGUACAGAAAUGGAAGUUCUUUAUCCUCCAGUACUGACCAGCUCCACCUGCACUCGGUCAGCAGCGAUAAUAAGGACAGGUAUAACUGUGCUGUACUGGGUCAGAACUCUCCUGAGGUCACUCUUAAUGUCAGAUAUGGCCCAAAGAGCGUCUCAGUGUCCAUCAGUCCCUCUGGUGAAAUAGUGGAGGGCAGGUCAGUGACUCUGACCUGCAGCAGUGAUGCAAACCCACCUGUGCAGAACUACACCUGGUUUAAAGGAGCAUCAUCAGUAGGAAAAGGAGAGACUUACACAAUGAACAACAUCAGCUCUGUGGACAGUGGAGAAUACAAGUGCAGAUCCAAUCCUCCAAAGAACAUCUCAGUGUCCGUCAGUCCCUCUGGUAAAAUAGUGGAGGGCAGUUCAGUGACUCUGACCUGCAGCAGUGAUUCAGUUUCACCUGUGGAAUAUCACUGGUUUAAAGGAACAUCAUCAGUAGCAAAAGGAGAAACUUACACGAUGAAGAAGAUCAGCUCUGUGAACAGAGGAGAAUACAAGUGUAGGUCCAGUAAUAAACAUGGAGAGAAACUCUCUGAAGCUCUAACUCUGAAUGUUUUGUAUCCUCCAAAGAAUGUCUCAGCAUCCAUCAGUCCCUCUGGUGAAACAGCAGAGGGCAGUUCAGUGAAUCUGACCUGCAGCAGUGAUGCAAACCCACCUGUGCAGAACUACACCUGGUUUAAAGAAGGUGGAAGCUCACCUGUAGGAUCUGGACACAGUUACAGGGCUCUACAGAGAGGAUCCUACUACUGUGAGGCUCAGAAUGAACACGGAUCUCAGAAAUCAGCUGCAGUAACUGUCGGUGAAAAAGGGAAAACGAGUGCAAAGUUUGGAAGAUCCAUGAUGGAAGUUCUGUGCAUUGUACUUGGAGGGUUAACUGGAGUGGUAGCUCUUUUAUGCAUUGUUUUUUGUGUAAGGAGAUACAGACAACGGAGUACAGCUGCAUGCAAAACACAGGGGAAUCAGUGCAACAACUUGGGUCCAGAUCUAUCCAAUCAGGAUGAUGUUCAAUAUGCCAGUGUUGUACCCUGUAAAGUCAGAAACCCCAGGAAUGCUGAGAACUCUGCAGUGAAACGUUCUGGAUCUGAUGAGGAGGUUCAGUAUGCCAGCAUCCAGCACCACCGUGACAAAGUAGUACAGAAGACUGAAGAAGAUGACGUUCAGUAUGCUAGUGUAAGAUUUACUCGCACUGGUGCUGCCAACAGGCCUGCAGUUUCCACAUGUGAUGACUCGGUGAUCUACAGUACUAUGAAAUAAACAACUUGGCAGUGCUGUUCAGGACUAAGGUUAUGACCCAUGAACACAACUUUUAUUUCAAGGAAAUGGGCCUUAUUAGUUGGAUGUAAACUGCAAAACACAUCCUUUUUUUUUCUUUGGCAAUUUCGUAAAUAAGUCAAUUUGACAGCCCUUUGAUGUUCACUGGAUCGGAAUUUCACAAUUUCAAACAGAUACUAUUUACAAGAGGAUGACAACCUGAAUGCUUACAAUUUGAUUAAUUAAGUACUAAACUAUUUUUUAAAAAAUCCUUUUGGAUAUACAAUUUAAAAAAUGUCCAAUUGCUUGGAACUGAGCCAACACUUUCCCAUUGGUAUUUAUUCUAAAUGUCAAAGAAGACUGCCCAAGCCAUUUUCUUCAGUCUUUUGAUCCAUGACCAUGUGGACCCUUCUGCAGCUUGUACAGUUCAACAGGUCCAACUGAAAACACCAUCAGUAAAAAUGUGCUAAACUUCACUCAAAAUUACAUAGUUUUCACAUAAUUUCCUUGUAAAUACCUUUCAUACAGUCAAUCAUGAAUCCUUACUCAACCAGCUCCACAUCCUGGCAGUGUCUUAGUGUUCUGGAUAGUGUUGUGUAAAAGUGUAGUGUUCUUAGUGUUGUGUAAAAUAAAAAAUUUCUUGCUUUUACAUGAGAGUUUGGUGUAAUAUGUAAACACAGGUAACUUUUCAAAACAUACCAUUUACUCUGCAGUCCAUAUAUGAAAAUAAGCUGCAAAACCAAUUUCAUGAAAGCUGAGACAUUUGCAUCUGUCUGCCUGUUCACCCUAUUGCAGUUUAGCCACAUCCAUUAAUGCUUUAGUUCAGACUGCUAUUUGAAUGAGGCACAGUAUAAGGCAAUCAACCAAAACAGAGGUCAUUUACCCCUUAGACCCUUAGAGAGGUUUGGAAAAAGGAAAAAUCAAUUGUAAUGUUGAUAAAUAAAAUAUGCACAGUGUAAGUAGAAGUAAAAAUUAAACAUGAUAAUGUAGGAUUUGGACCCUUUAAGACAUCAAACAUGUUGCACUGGGUACCUAUGCUUUGGAGGGCCACCCAGAUAUAAUUAAUAAAGACAAUAUAGGUUUUCACCAGACAUCCAGAAAUGAAUGCUUAAAAAAUAAAGAUGUUAUAUUUGGACUAUGUUAGUUAAGGUAACCAAUAAUGCCACAAAUUUACAUGUGAUUUUCAGCCACAGUCUCAGCUAAAAAUCAAACUUGCAAAACAAUUAUAACCGUCUCUGUAAUCACCAUUGCAGGUUCCUUUUGCCCUCUGACUGCAAGAAAUUGAUUUAUGCCUUUGCUUACUGUAAUCUUCUUGACUACUAAUGCACUUAUUUCUGUAUUAUUUAAAAGCUCUAUUAUGCAUAUUUAUUUCAUUUUAUUCAUAUUUUAUAUUUUUUUUAUUCUUGUAUUUGACUGUUAUUUUUAAGUGCUUUGUAAAUGAAGGUUAUAAGAUUGAAACUAUUAGAUACAAGCCUAUGGAGAAGAUGACAUCCCAUGUUCUAAAAUUAUUGAUUUUAUUUUUAAAAUAUUUAUUAAAAGAACUCAAACCUGUGCUCAA